GCGAGUGAGCGAGCGGUUAUUCGGAUUCGGAUUUGGGUUUUUCUUUUUUUUUUUCUUUCGUUCAGUAUAUUUCUAUUCAAUUCGAAUCGAUUCGGGGUAAGUUUGUUAAGGCGCCAUUCGAAUGCGAGGAUAUAAAAACACUGUGACCAGCUUAGAACUCUUCUGUGGUGAGAGACAAUCGAUCGUGCGCAGAACGUGAUACAAUUUUUUGUUUAUUAUUUUUUUUUUACAAAUAUUUGUUAUUAAAGUUGGCGGGCCAUUAAAAUUAUAGUUAUUUUUUUCUAAAUUAAAUUUAAUUUUUUACAAUAAUUGAAAACUAACAAAAAACAAAAGGAAUUUUUAAGAGUGGUUAGUUUUUUGACAGAAAAAGAUUGUGUUCUUGUAUUUGACAUUUUGAAAGUGACAUUUCUUUGCAAAAGAUAAAAAGUGGAUAGCGGAAAGUUUUGCAAAAUAUUUAAUCCAUUAAAUUUAUGUGAUAUAGAUUUUUAGUUUUUAAUUUAACCAAAAUGAAUGCAACCACUUUGUUGGCUUUGAUUGCCACUUUACUUGGAUUAAGUUGCAGUAACGUUGGAGAUGCUACAACAGUUACACAGAGACGAUUUCCUAAUGACUUUCUUUGGGGUGUUGCUUCAUCAUCAUAUCAAGUAGAAGGUGCUUGGGAUGCAGAUGAUAAGGGAGAAUCAAUUUGGGAUCAUUUGACACAUAAUUUCCCAGAAAAAAUUGCCGAUAAAUCAAAUGCUGAUACAACUUCUGACAGUUAUCAUCAGUGGCGUCAAGAUGUCCAAAUGGUACGUCAGUUAAAUGUAAACAUCUAUCGAUUUUCUAUCGCAUGGCCACGAAUCCUGCCAACGGGCUAUAUGAAUCACAUUAGCAACAAGGGCAUCAAAUACUACAGUAAUCUAAUCGAUGAACUUCUCAGAUACAACAUUACUCCCAUGGUCACAAUAUACCAUUGGGAAUUGCCACAGCGACUUCAAGAGUUGGGUGGCUGGACCAACCCAGAGAUAAUUCCGGUCUUCAAGGACUAUGCUAGAUUGUUGUUUGAAUUAUUUGGUGGGCGUGUUAAGAUUUGGACAACAAUUAACGAACCAUGGCAUGUGUGUGAACAUGGUUAUGGUGUAGACUAUAUGGCCCCGUCAUAUGAUUACCCAGGGAUUCCAUCGUAUUUAUGCGGUCAUAAUUUAUUAAAAGCACAUGCAGAAGUUGUUCACAUGUACCGCAAUGAGUAUCAAGCAAAACAGCGAGGUAAAAUUGGAAUUACUUUAGAUGUAUCAUGGCCAGAGGCAAAGACUAAUUCGGACGAGGAUAAGGAGGCCUCCGAGCGAGCAAUGCAGUUCUAUGUGGGCUGGUUUGGACAUCCAAUUUUUUCAAAACGUGGCAACUAUCCACAAGUUAUGAUUGAUCGUAUUGCUGGAAUGAGUAAAGAACAAGGAUUUACACGAUCACGUUUGCCUUCGUUUACAUUGGAAGAAAUUCAUUUAAUUCGAGGAACUUCAGAUUUCUUUGGAAUUAAUUCUUAUACAACAAAUUUGGUGACACCUAAUGGUCAUAAUAACACAGGAAAUUUCCGGAUACCAUCGUAUAAUCAUGAUAUGGGUGUUGUUGAAGAACAAGAUCCAGAAUGGCCGGGAUCUGGCUCGCCAUGGUUAAAGGCAGUUCCAUUCGGUAUGUACAAACUGCUGAUGUGGAUCAAGCGUGAAUACAACAAUCCACCGAUAAUAGUGACCGAGAAUGGAGUCAGCGAUAAGGGUGGCCUCGAGGACUACGCCCGUGUGGAUUAUUACAACUCGUAUCUGACAUCUGUUCUGGAUGCCAUCGAGGAGGGUGCCAACGUCAAGGGAUACAUUGCAUGGAGUCUCAUGGAUAGCUUUGAGUGGAAGGCUGGUUUCACUGAGAAAUUCGGUCUAUACCACGUCGACUUCAACCAUCCCGACAAGAUAAGAACUCCAAAAGUUUCUGCCAAGGUCUUUGCCAAGAUUUGUGAGACAAAUGUUAUUGACUGGCAUUAUAGGCCACAAGUGGAUCCAAUUGUGAUAAUGAAUGCCCGCAGGAGUGCAUCUGGAGCGAGUAUAAAUUUGGCCUGUCUAUCGACCGUUUUGCUAAGUCUGCUCUUAGUAAAUCUGAUGAGGAGGUAAACUGGCGGUGUGUGCGGCUUAGGCUUUAAGUGGAAUAAAUACGUAUAAAAAAAACGUUUAUUAAGUUUUAAAAAAUCUAAGAACUUUUUUUGAAAAGAAAAAGUCAAAAUGUAUUUGUGUUUAGUCAAAUUAUAUAUAUUUUUAUAAAUUACCUCCGAGAACUGAAGAUGACGAUGAGGAAAUCAGAGACCUUAUAUAGAAAGCCGAUUGAAUCUGGCCUUUUAUACUUAAACAAAAAUAAACAAAUUAAGUUAUAUUUUUUUGUAUAGUUUUAAGCAUUACUCUUAUACUAGUAUAAUUUUAUUUUAUUAUAAAUUGUAAUUUUAAGUGUAAAAAAAGUUGAGUACAUUGCAGGUUUUUGUUUAUUAUUUUCGAUUGUGAUACUCAUCCAAUUAUAUAAAUACAUUUAUGUAACUAUUUUAACAAUUUUAUAUUGUUCGUUUAAAAAUAGAUACAUAUUUAUAAAUGUAUAUUUUGUUUAUGUUUUAAAAUUAUACAUACCUCGUUUUGUUAACAUGUACAUUACUUACGUCCAUUAUUUCAAAAAAGAAAAGAAGAAAAGUAUUUAUCUACAUUUUUAUAUUGUAUAUUUCGGUUAAGAAAAUAAAAAUAUUAGUCAAGAAA